AUGAUUGAAGAUAAUAAAGAGAAUGAAGACCAUGCAUCUGAAAGAGGAAGAACAGCCAUCAUUUUUUCCUUGAAGAAUGAAGUUGGAGGACUUGUAAAAGCAUUAAAACUCUUUCAGGAGAAGCAUGUAAAUCUGGUACACAUUGAGUCCCGGAAGUCCAAGAGACGAAAUUCUGAGUUUGAGAUCUUUGUGGACUGUGACAGCAACAGGGAACAACUGAACGAGAUCUUCCAGCUCCUGAACUCCCACGUCAGCGUUGUCUCUGUGAACCCGACAGAGCAUUUCAAUGUCCAGGAAGAUGGAGACAUGGAGAAUGUUCCCUGGUUUCCGAAGAAGAUCUCAGAUUUGGAUAAGUGUGCAAACCGAGUGCUGAUGUACGGGUCCAAUUUGGAUGCUGACCAUCCAGGUUUCAAAGACAAUGUCUAUCGCAAGAGGAGAAAGUAUUUUGCAGAUCUGGCUAUGAACUACAAACAUGGUGACCCAAUUCCCAAGAUUGAAUUCACUGAGGAGGAGAUCAAGACCUGGGGGACUGUGUAUCGAGAGCUUAACAAGCUUUACCCAACCCAUGCCUGCAGAGAGUACCUUAAAAACCUACCCUUGCUCACCAAAUACUGUGGGUACAGGGAAGACAAUAUCCCCCAGCUGGAAGAUGUGUCCCGCUUCCUGAAAGAGCGCACAGGUUUCACCAUUCGCCCCGUUGCUGGAUAUCUAUCACCCAGAGACUUCUUGGCAGGAUUAGCAUUCAGAGUUUUUCACUGCACUCAAUAUGUUAGACACAGCUCGGACCCUCUCUAUACACCAGAGCCGGAUACCUGCCAUGAGCUCCUAGGUCAUGUCCCGCUUUUGGCUGAACCCAGUUUUGCUCAGUUCUCCCAGGAAAUUGGUCUUGCAUCACUUGGGGCAUCAGAUGAGGCUGUCCAAAAACUGGCAACAUGCUACUUCUUCACUGUGGAAUUUGGCUUGUGCAAGCAAGAGGGGCAGCUACGAGUUUACGGGGCUGGCUUGCUCUCUUCAAUUAGUGAGCUCAAGCACUCGCUCUCUGGCAGUGCCAAAGUCAAGCCUUUUGAUCCAAAGGUCACCUGCAAGCAAGAAUGCCUCAUUACAACUUUCCAAGAGGUUUAUUUUGUUUCUGAAAGUUUUGAAGAAGCAAAGGAAAAGAUGAGAGAGUUUGCAAAAACCAUCAAGCGCCCGUUUGGCGUGAAGUACAAUCCAUAUACUCAAAGCAUGCAGAUCCUGAAAGACACGAAGAGCAUUGCCAGCGUGGUGAAUGAGCUACGUCAUGAGCUGGACGUUGUCAGCGACGCCCUCAGCAAGAUGGGCAAGCAGCUGGAAGUUUAA